GUGAGAGCGGAUAUGGUGAAUGCGGGGUCCGGGGAGAGCGGAUAUGGUGAAUGCGGGGUCCGGGGAGAGGGAUAUGGUGAAUGCGGGGUCCGGGGAGAGCGGAUAUGGUGAAUGCGGGGGGAGCGGAUAUGGUGAAUGCGGGGUCCGGGAGAGAGCGGAUAUGGUGAAUGCGGGGUCCGGGGAGAGCGGAUAUAGUGAAUGCGGGGUCCGGGGAGAGCGGAUAUAGUGAAUGCGGGGUCCGGGGAGAGCGGAUAUAGUGAAUGCGGGGUCCGGGGAGAGCGGAUAUAGUGAAUGCGGGGUCCGGGGAGAGCGGGAGAGAGCGGAUAUGGUGAAAGCAAGCGAUUAUAGU